AUGGCAGAUUUCGAAGAAACAUCUUCCCCUCAUGAGGAGGAUGGGGAACAACUUUGGAAUGAUCUUGAUAAAUGCGUCUCGAGCAAAUGCGAUUCCCACGAAACGAUCGACGAUGCCCUGCGCAACUGGAUAGAUUUGACGAACCGCCUGCGAGACUGCUAUCACGAAACACAGGAUGAAGUCGUUGCUUGCGCGCGGAUGCUUCUCGCCAGCAGUUUGUUCCGAGACAACAAAGACUACGUUCGCACCCAGAUCAUAUAUAGUCUACUGCAGGAAGACGAGACAGGACCGCUGCACGCCAUAGUUUGUCUGCUUCUGCUCGACGGCUGCCAAGAUGACACCAUGUUUCCUCGCAUGGUGAACGAGGCCUGCUUUCCUCGACUCCUGGAGCUUAUCAAUAGUCGCCGAGACCAGGGGCAGGAUCCUCGACUGCACCGACUUCUUUUGCAACUCAUGUACGAGAUGUCACGUAUGGAACGACUCCGAGUUGAUGACUUGACCAUGGUAGACGACGAAUUCGUUCACUAUCUUUUUGCUUUGAUUGAGGAGCUAUCUGAUGAUGCGCAUGACCCUUACCAUUAUCCUACCAUUCGAGUCUUGCUUGUUUUGAAUGAACAGUAUAUGCUUGCUUCCACCGACGUCAAGGACCCAUCUGCUCCGAAACCGCGCCUGACAAACAGAAUUGUCAAAUGCUUAAGUCUUCACGGUGCUUCAUUCCGAACGUUUGGCGAAAAUAUCAUCCUGCUUCUGAACCGAGAAACCGAGACUUCUUUACAGCUGCUCAUCUUGAAGCUUCUGUAUCUGCUAUUCACAAACAAAGCGACGUACGAAUACUUUUAUACGAACGACUUACGAGUACUCCUGGAUGUCAUUAUCAGGAACCUGAUGGACCUGCCGGAUGAGAAGAUAUCCUUGAGACAUACCUACCUGCGGGUGCUUUAUCCAUUGUUGGCACAUACACAACUUAGCCAGCCACCACAUUAUAAGCAGGAUGAGGUUCUUCGCGUGCUUAAUAUUCUCCGGGGAUCUCAAAAUGUACACUUUGCACCUGCAGACGAUACAACACUCCGCCUGGUUGAUCGUGUGUCCAAGGUCAAGUGGAUUGAGGAAGCGCAAUCACCCACAGUAGGAUCGGGUGAGGCCGAAGUUGCUCGAAGAUUUCUGGGUAUCAGCCUGUCGCGAUCGCAAACCGCGAGUAGUGUCAGUGUGAGCGAUGUCGCGGCAGUUAAGGAGAAGCCGGGAGUGCAAACACCGAGCCGAUCAGGAGAAGGGGCUGAUGCUGGUGAGUCGGAGGUAGAAGAGGGCGUCACGAUUGCCCCCAGGCCCAAGAAGCCGCUGCCAGAGGUGCCUAAGCAUCGCCAUGGUGUCCCAUUUACACAGAAAUUUGUCAACGGCGUACAGAAGAAGACGCCUCCCCAGGCGCCACCACCACGCCGAUGGGGACGGAUGAAGACGGUUGAGAGGCCUCCUGCAGACCCAGUACCAGAGCAGGAGGCGUGA